AUGACGCCAAAAGGAAAAGGCUUGAGAGGAUGGAGGAAAGAUGUACACGAGAGGGAAAGGCGGAGGGAGAUGAGGGUGAAAUGUGUGAAGAUGGAGGAAGGAGAUAGGAGGCGAGUCUCCGUGGACUCGGGUGAUGUCGGGCCUGAGACGCAGCAGAAAGCCUCGGCGAGUGUUCCUCCUCCCCCGCCGCCCCCUCCGCCUCCCCCUGAGCCAGCGGGGCCCCCGGAGCCGGAGGAGGAGAUCCUGGGCUCUGAUGAUGAGGAGCAGGAGGACCCAGCGGACUACUGCAAAGGAGGCUACCAUCCGGUCAAGAUCGGGGAUUUGUUCAACGCAAGAUACCAUGUGAUAAGGAAGCUGGGGUGGGGCCAUUUCUCCACAGUAUGGCUGUGCUGGGACAUACAAGUGAAGAACUUUGUGGCCAUGAAGGUAGUGAAGAGCGCACAGCACUACACCGAGACGGCCUUGGAUGAGAUCAAAUUACUGCGAUGUGUGAGGGAGAGUGACCCCGCCGACCCCAACAAAGACAUGGUGGUCCAGCUGAUCGAUGACUUCAAGAUAUCUGGCGUCAACGGCAUUCAUGUGUGCAUGGUGUUUGAAGUGCUCGGUCACCACCUGCUCAAGUGGAUCAUCAAGUCCAACUACCAAGGCCUGCCACUACCGUGUGUCAAGAGCAUCAUCAAACAGGUCUUGCAGGGGCUCGACUACCUUCACACCAAAUGUAAAAUCAUCCACACGGACAUCAAGCCUGAGAACAUCCUCAUGUGUGUGGACGACACAUUCGUGAGGCGCAUGGCCAUGGAAGCCACCGAAUGGCAGAAAGCCGGUGCGCCGCCCCCAUCCGGAUCGGCAGUUAGCACAGCCCCACAGAUCAAACCGGUGAGUACGACUGAUGUGGGAAAGAUCUCCAAGAACAAGAAGAAGAAGCUGAAAAAGAAGCAGAAGCGUCAGGCAGAGCUGCUGGAGAAGAGGAUGCUGGAGAUCGAAGCCUUGGAGAGGGAAGCAGAGAGGAAGGACGGACGGGCCAAUGAAGAGUGUGACGAGGAGGAGGAAGAAGAAGAGGAGGAAGGGGGGAACGAAGAAGACGCGCCAGAGAAGGUGAAGCCAGAGACUCCGUCCACUCCGACCUCGGCGCCUCCUCAAACAACGCCGCCGGGCCCCGGUGUGGCCGUCGGGGAGAGCGAUGAGGACGACGAUGAGGAGGAUGGAGAAGAGGAGGAGGAAGGUGGCGAGAGGCCCGCCAGGUUGACCAAUCAUACAUGCGCUGCGCACAACGAGGAGACCGACAGGGAGGAAGAGAACAACCCCUGCAUCGUCAAUAAUGAACGAGAAGAAGAAGAAGUAGAGGAGGAGCCCACGCCCGUGGCUGAAAAAGAAGCCCCCUUCCCUCCUGAUAACGGCGAUUGGACGCAGAUAGAGGAGCGGGAAGAGGAGGCACUGAAAGGGUCUGAAGUGGAGAAGGAAGAAGAGGAGGAGACACGGGAGAGAGUCAAGGACGAUGAGAAAGAAAAUGAGCUUGACGAAAAGGAGAUGGACAAGACAGAAGAGAAGGAAGAGGAGGAUGAAGAAGAGGAAGAUGACGACACCACCGCUGAUCUCCUCACAGACACCAGCUCCCCACUCAAUACGCACACGGACAAACCCGACUUAGCCAAAACCAAUGGUCACGUCCUGCUAGCCACAGAAGAACCUGAUGUCCCCUUACCUCCAACGCCCGAGCCCCUUCUCUGCCCACUUGUGGAGUCUGAACUCAGCUACACCGACAGGGACCUCUCGCUAAGCUCCGGUUACGAGAUGUUCAACGGUGAGGCGGGCGAGCCGGGACUUACCAACGGCGAGCGACCCAGGCCGGCCGUGCCCAUCUUUCCCGAGUUACCUCUGGAUCCCGAGCCAGGAAGUAACACAUGCGGGGGGACAGGCGACACUGGAGCGGGGAGGUCGCCCGACAGCCCCACGGCAGACCGCAGCCGCACCGUGUCAUCUUCCAGCACGGGAGAUACGCCCAAAGUACGAGCCAGAGCCGCAGACCUCCUGAUAAACCCACUUGACCCCCGCAACGCUGAUUCCAUCCGAGUGAAAAUUGCUGACCUUGGCAAUGCCUGCUGGGUGCACAAGCACUUUACGGAGGACAUCCAGACGAGACAGUACCGCUCCAUCGAAGUGCUGAUAGGAGCAGGUUACAGCACUCCUGCCGACAUCUGGAGCACUGCCUGCAUGGCGUUUGAGCUGGCCACGGGAGACUACUUGUUUGAGCCCCAUUCGGGCGAGGACUAUUCGCGGGAUGAGGACCACAUCGCUCUGAUCUCGGAGCUGCUGGGGAAGGUCCCGCGUAAAGUGUACGCUGCCGGGAGGUACAGCCGAGAGUUUUUCUCCAAGAAAGGCGAGCUGCGACAUAUCACCAAGCUGAAGCCGUGGUCGCUGUUCGACGUGUUGGUGGAGAAGUACGGCUGGGCUCACGAGGACGCCGGCCAAUUCACCCAGUUCCUACUACCAAUGCUGGAGAUGGUCCCAGAAAAGAGGGCCUCGGCGGGCGAAUGCCUCAACCACGCGUGGCUCAACUCGUAG